CACGUGGCCAUCAAAAUAGUCCUGGAGAAACCUUCUACACACUGUGAUAUGAUAGUCAAAAAUGGACUUGAAAAUGAAGUCAUGUUCAUUGCACCCGUCAUCAAUUUGCAACCAAAUGGUCAAGUGUUUAAGAAACCGGUUACAUUGCAGACCAAGUUAACAACUGAAACAGAUGCUUUCCGGCCAAGCGACGUUCUGGUUUUGCAUGGCACACAAGCUAGAGACGGAAAGAUCGUUUGGGAAGAUGUCACCCAUCAGGCCAAAAUUGAUCUACAAAAGAGAGAACUGAAAGUUGAAACGAACCGAUUCUCUCGAAUAGCAGCUCUGCUGAGGUUAACUUCGAUAUUAGCCAAAAAUGUAGUCACCAGGCUGAACCUUUGGGGAUUCCACUACACGUUGUCAGUGCUUUUUAAAGACAACCAUCCACAUUCACCCCUUGGUGAACUUGCCCUAGUGUUCAUGAGCCACGACAUCUACCACGAGACGUGUUACAGAGAACACCCUUCUUCUGUUUUGAUGCAGCUUAAGGGCAACGGAUAUGAGGAAAUGUGCUCCAUAGACAGACCAGAGAGCAAUCGCAUCUACAACAAUGAAAAUCUGAAGGUUUCUCUUUACCUUGGGCAGGACUAUGAGCUAACUGAUGGACAGCUAGAAAGCACCGUCGAAGUAGAUUCUUCAACUUGGUGGAGCACCGGACAUGUCAUAAAAUGGUCCCUAACAGGUACCGAUGGUGUCAGGAUCCUGUGCGGAAAGAUAGGAAUUGAAGGCCAAUAUGGGCAUAUCCUGAUGGAAACCUUCUGUGGAUUAGAUACUGGCGAAUACGUAAGGCGACUGUUAAGACUUGAGGGGUCCAUUUUAAACCUCGUACCAAUUGCCCGAAAGCUUGAGGUCCCGGAAGAAGCAGUGACCGAAGCCAUUAAGUCAUGGCAGAAAGAUGAAGAGCAACUGAAAAUAAUUCUCCAACACUGGUCGAAGGGACAAGAAGAGCGCUGCAAGGAAGAUCCUGCGAUGUUGAGGAACACUCUUCAAGGACUCAAUUCAAAAGACUGUGAAGUGGAUGAAAGAGGGAUGAUGCAUAUCAACCAUUUGAGAGAACUGGCCUUUGAAAUCCAAAGCUUGAAUCGCGAGGAUCCGCAUCUGAUGGAAUACUUCCGCAAUCAAAUCAGAACUCUCUGCCGCGAUUUCGUUUUAAAAGAUUGUUGCAUUGAACUGGAUGCAGACGUCUCUGUAGAAAACUACCCACGUUUUCUUUCCAUCCGUCAACAAGUCACCGAAGAUGUUGCCUUGAAGUUGGAGACGAUUUGCUCAUCUUCAGCGACAUCCAUCAAUGAAGAUUUCUUCUCCAUUGUCCCCUUUCUCAUUCAAGCCAUCAAAGACAUUUUCCGUAAGGAGAAUCACCAAGUUAAGCAGAAUGGAUUAAGAGGAUUGCCUAAAGAAAGUGUUAGCCAACAUGAGUCUAAAGUUCGAGACGCUUUUCGAAAUAAAGACAUUUUCAGGCUCGUGUACGAAGUGUGUCGAGUUCUUGAGAGUUUGUGUCUCAACAAUUGCGACAAGCAUUCAACUGAAGAGAUUGAAAAUUGGAGCGAAAGUGUAGGGAUUUGGAAUAUGGCAAAAUUCCUAAAGAAAUUUUUCCAGAGCCGCCAAGAUGGUAAAUUGCACAAGAGAUUAAAGCUCUUUUCGCGCUCCCUGAGAAGAAUCUUAGAAGAUGUUGGUAAAAUAAAGGAGAUUGAAAUGCGUUACUUUUACAAUGUUUCGCUUAAUCUGAUCAAGUUUGCGACCUUUGAUCCGUCCAAACUGGUCAGAUUUGAAAUCACUGACAGUGCUAAUUCCCCAGUGACCUGCUAUAGCGAGGCUAUCAAGUACGACAGGCCACAUGAUACCUUUUCUCAACAGUUCGAGAUCAAAAAAGAGUCUGAAGACGAACUGGAGCUUGGAGCGACUGCACGUGUUCACCUGGAUGGGCGAAUUCGCAGGGUUGGAGCGUUUGAAUCGGUGAUAGUGCUGCCUUCAUCGAGCGAGGAAGAGCUCGAUCGGUUUCCGAUAAGUACGCUUCCUGUGGCAGUCAAAACAGAACGAACAGGCUCGGGAAAUCUCCGAGUAGUUCUUUCUUCGACACAUAAGAAGACCAUCUCAGAGGCAUUGUGUGUCCUCCAAAGAGAAUUGGGCGAUGACAUUGUGGACAGGGGACAGGUUGAGAUCGCAGAGUCUCGCCUAAAGGUGCGUUGCUCUUUCGAGGCAGUGGGAUUGGUUAGGCUACGAUUGCUGUACAAGUGGCGGUCAGAAGCAAUUUCUGUGGAAAGCAAACAUUUCGAGGCUAUCGGCGAUUCAUCUGCUACAGAUCCUUCCACAUCAGCCUCAGAUUCAGGUGGGUAGAGAUGUAAGGUACGUAUACUUAUAUUACUGAGAUAAGAACAUAAUCGCAGCUGUUGAGUUUGAAAUGAUAACUUCAACGUCCCUAAGCAAUCUAGGGACGGAUAAAUGUGCAGCUAAGACCGUGAUGCAGUAUUCUUUGGAUAGUAGUCUGACAUACCAAACCACGGUCUGAUUGGCUACUAAUAUUGCGGAUGUUCUUUCCUGUUUAUCUCCAAGCUGUUUUGGCGGCCUUUCUGUACUGGGUGAAGUUGCUAAGCGAACAUACUUCAUGUAGAAUCAAAUCUUUUCUCCACGUAAUGCCGUAAUCGAAGAAUGUUUAGAGCUGCGACGCAACCAGCACUGACUUUUAGACAAAGUAGAAUGAAAAUGAGCUUAGUUUGCGUUUAGUGAUUUAAGCUGAAACUUGAUUCUGUUAGCUGCAGACAACGUUUUACGCAAAUACUUGAAUGCAAAGGUUUGUUUGGUGCCCGGGGGCACUUCCUUAUGA